AUGAAACUGAGACCGUUCGACAGCGACGAUGCUACGCUCGAAGUGUUAGCCGCUCAAGGCCUGUUUCUGAUGUGCGAGAGGAGUGCAGCGGUACUGGAGUGUCAUCACCAUCAUCGACCUCGUCACACAGUUGGAUUAACUUUCAAUUACAUUAUUCGGUGCUCAUCAGCUGGAAAUUACAGUCAGCGAAGACCGCAAUCAUCGCACUCCUUUACGCUGCCGCCGUCCGAACCAAGCAGUCCCAAGCCCGAUGACGAUUGCAGUAAUUUGCCCGCAGCCGAACUCUACAAGCAGAUGACUGGAAAUCAUUUGGAUCUGCUCGAAUAUGCAUCGGCAAAUCUCAGCAAAUUCUUUCGACAGCGUGAUCUGGUGGUGUCCAGAGCUGCACUACGCACGUAUCUUUUCACUCAAACACCUUUACCGAACUCAGUCCAUUGA